AUGCACAUUAAAAACAACUCAAUCCCAGCAGGCCCAGGUCCAGACCCAACUCUCUCCUCCACCCUCCAACCAUCAGAACAACAUACCAAAACCCCAAUCCCCGCACCAACCAAACCACCAACCUAUGCAAAACACCUCUACUUCGCCUACGGCUCCAACCUCUCCCCAACACAAAUGAAAUCCCGCUGCCGCAUAAACCCAACCCACUCCGCAACCCCACUAGCAAUCGCAACCCUCCCAAAAUGGCGCUGGCUAAUCUGCGAAGCCGGCUACGCAAACGUCCUCUCACCUUCCGGCUUGCGCGUUCCAACACAAGACUCAGACACAGCACAUGAGAUUCCCGUGUCCGGUGACAAGGAUGCCGUCUAUGGUGUGCUUUACCAGAUGGAUCUGGAAGAUGAGCUCAUUUUGGAUGCUUAUGAGGGUGUUGAUGGGCUUGCUGGGGAUGCGGAUCCGGAUUGUGGGGUUCCGGUAACUGUUAGGCCGAAGGUGCAGGGGGAUGGGUCUUAUAAUAAGUGGUAUUCUGAGGCGGAGGUUGUGAGGUGGUUGGAUGGGGCUGAGGGGGUUAGGGAGGGUCUUGGGAUAGAUGGUGGAUCGGUGCCGGUUUUGGUUUAUGUCGAUGAGAAUUGUGUUCGGCUUGCCGAGCCGAGGUUUGAGUACAUUGCUAGGAUGAAUCGGGCUAUUCGGGAGUCGGUGGCGUUGGGGGUUCCUAGAAGCUGGGUAGAUCAGGUUAUGAGGAAAUUUAUACCAGAAUAG